AUAUAUUUUCCCCAAGAUUUCCCGUUCGCCAUGGCCUCAUCGUCCGCCGCCGCUCUUGAGAUUAUCGACGACGACGAUGAAUUUGACUGGGACGCAGCUGUGAGAGAGAUCGAUGUGGCUUGUGAGGCCAAUGGCCUCGCCCUUCCCGUCAAUGGGACACUCGCUUCGUCUUCUGAUGGAGUUGCGACAUCGACUUCUACUUCCAUCCCAAAUAGGAAAACGCUCAAAACCCCUAAUGGUGGUGGCCUUGCGUCUGGGAAGCAGUCGACUCUUGAUAUAUUUAUGGGAUUUCCGCCUAAGGCUAAGAAUGCCGAAACCGAACCCCACAAUCCAAACGGCGUUGGAGUCAGAAAGGAGGAGUUUGGUAAUGAGGGGGAUGACAGGGUUUGCUUCGUUCCACUUGAUUUGGAGGCAGCCAAAACUUGGAUUUAUCCAGGUUCUUUGCUCUUUUUAUUAGUCCGUUUUCUAUUCUUUAAUUAUGCUGUCGAAUUGUGCCUCAUAAUCUUGAGUUACAACAAAAACCUCAAGAUUGCCACUGUCUGCCCUCCACGGUCUGCUCAGUCCCAUAUCCACAUGGAUGUUGUAUAAGUACUUUUACGAUGAUAUACAUGUGACCCCCUUCGGACUGAUGUACAUUUCUGCUCACUUUGUUUCAUCCUUCUAUCGACCACAACAUUUGGAUUGCACCAUUAGAGAACAAGAGUAAUGUCACACUAAGUGUUUGCAUUUAAUUAAUUUGGUUUGGGAUAUGCAUCACUUAUGAAUUUGAUGUUACUCAUUUCUUGAAUAACUGUACUAUUUCUUUUUUUAUGACCAAUAACUGCACUAUUUCUUAUGUGCUUAUAAUAAAAUUUUAUUCAUAAUUCAUUUUAUUGCAGCAAAUCUUCCCCGUCGGGAUUAUCAAUUCGAAAUCACGAGGACUGCACUAUAUUCCAAUACCUUAGUGGCAUUACCUACUGGGCUUGGAAAAACAUUCAUCGCUGCCGUUGUAAUGUAUAAUUAUUUUAAGUGGUUUCCAGAAGGUACUGCAUCACU